UAGAUAAUUUUAUUUAGUUUUAUUCUUUGUUUAACACACUGUUAACAGCGAAAUUUUGAAUUAAAAAUUAAGCCAAAAAUGAUCGUUCCGCAUGUUCCAAUUGGUAUUUUUCGUGGGCGUAAAAGGUAACGCAGGUUAAACAAGACGCAACGACCAGUAUAAGUGACGUCAGACUACCGGAUGAAUUGGAAAAUGUCAUGAACGAAGUAUCGUUACCGGAACACGGUUACCGGAGAGUACAGAAUGCCCGGCGCCGACAAUACGUUGAUUGUCCAACUUGGGUCCCGUCGUUAUGUAAUCUCGAAGUCGCCCAGAUCCAGACGGAACCGAAGGCUACCUCUGUAGUGGAGAUCCAGACCCGAACGGCCGUCACGAAAGAGACACCGAUGCAGACGUUGAGCAAAUGCGACUUCUGUCAACGACUGAUGCAACCUACGGAAGAUGCUCCUGGAUACAGCCCGCUGCGUUCGCAGGAUCAAUGGACCACUUAUCCUGCCAUUUUACAAGUCGUCCGCGGAAUUGGCAUGCCGGGUUGUUCCAAGUAAUUCGCGUGUGCGAACGAUUUUCCAACUUUUAUAUUUGGGAUACUCGCAGCUACGAUGCAGAUUUUCCCACAGGUGCGAGUGUUCGAGUGACGCUACGCAAACGCAGAAGCAAUCGCAGCAGAAACAAACACCGGCUUCCUCGCACGAUGC